AUGUCUUCUUCCGAAUCAUGGAUCGGUUAUCGCUUGGGAGCAACGCCCAAGCAGGACGUAUUCGCGUACUCUUCGCCAUUCUCUCAACCUUGGCCUUCCCCGCACCUAGGAUCGCUGCCCUUCGACAUUCUCGAGGAGUUAUGUGCUUACUUUGUGCCCUCGGAUGCCUCUAUACCACCGACUCCUGCUGAGCUUAAGGCUCUACGCUGUCUCAGCGAGACGUGCAAGCGCUUCAGGUUUAUAUUUCAACCGAAGGUUUUUCGAUAUUUGGUGGUGAAGACCGAGAGACAGGUGGAGGGCAUCUAUGAAGUGCUCAACGGCUCCUGUGGCCUAGUGUUUAAACCCAUGCCAGAGGAUGCGGACGAAGUGACCAGAGAGCUGUAUAAGAUCGAGAACGCUGUUCCAAUCGUGGACGUGAUUCCGAUUUCCGCUGAGAGAGAAUUUCUGCGGCGUGGUGUGCGGACUCUCGCGGUAAAGCCAAAAAACGUGUUCGAUUACCUCGACAUCCGUUUCUUGCUCCAGAUGAUGCCACUUUUACGGCAUUUGAUUAUCGCGGACUUCGAGCGGCUAUAUUGCCAGCAUAUUCUUGACAAGAAUGCUCGCAUCUUGCGGAAGUGGCACAACCUUGAGAGCUUCUACUACACCGGCGGUGACUUAUCUGUCAACACCGAUCGCUUGCCGUUACCCCGUGCGAUAGCAAACAUGACUCGCCUCAAGCACCUCCUCCUGAUGGACCUUGACAUUGCCAUGAAUCCGUGGAUUUUCACCGAAGAUGUCGGUGUCGGGAUGGAUCCCACGCGUGAGGAUCAACGAGCUUUGGGACGUGUCUGGGAGUACGUGUGGUACCGGCCCCAGCUUCUGAUGAAAGAGCCGCCGAGUACUCCGUGGCUGCCUAGUCGACUGAAGUACCUGGGGCUCGCCAGGAUCAACUUCGAACAAGAAGGGGUGCCGCUUACCGAAGACGUGGCGAAGAUAUUAAGAUGCGAAAGGGGGGAGACGAGCCAGAAUCUAGAACAUACCAACAAGGAUAAGAUUGGGGAAAAGUGGCCCCUCGAUUUCCAUCCAUUCGCGCGACUGGUGAUGUGCUCGCGGGGCAGUCUGCGAGAGCUGACACUCCGUGAAAUCAAGGGAGUACCUCACGAAACCGUUGUGCACGCGAUGACAGCGGUAGGAUCACGAUUGCAUGUUCUCCACGUCAUUAAGUACCCCGGGCGAGUUGAGGAUAUCAUCGCGUGCUGCCCGCGUCUGACGUAUCUGGACAUCGAUGGCUAUGGGAAAGACCCAGAGGCAGAAGCUGCGUUUCUCGACCACUGUGUUCCCGCACACGUUCGCCAACUCAAAAUAUAUGCGCCGUGGCACUUCACGCUCUUCGCGCAAUGGCUUGAGUGCGAAAGCUCAGCCAUAAACACGGGCCGAUUACGAUUGCUCAACAUAAUAACACUGGUGGGGAUAUUCGAGGAUGGUACAGAACGUGCGAUCCUGGAGGCGGCAGAGAGGCGCAAUAGCGCGCAUCCGGAGAUGAAGGCGGUCAAAGUGGUGCUUGACAAGAGACAGGAGCAGGUCACCGAUGCGGGGAGUGAUGAGGGCGACGAGAUUUACGAGGAGGACGACAAUGGCAGAGACGAGGAGGACGACAAUGACAGGGACGAGGAGGAGGAGGAGGAGGAGGAGGAGAGUGACGGAGACAAUGAAAGCGACCAAGGUAUCGAGAUGGACGAAGACAACGAAAGCGACGAGAGCGACAGAGCAAACUAG